AUGGGGGUCCUAGGCGAGCUGAACAACACGCCCGCGAGCAAGGGCAAGUCAAAGAGCAAGACGCCGCUCAAGUCUCCGGCGCCCGCGCCCGUUGGUCUGCUCACACCGAACAACGAUAAGCGCGAGAAGGAGCGCAACAAGCUCGCGAGGCAGGCGUCCGAGGUGUCGCGCAGGUGCGUCCGAGACCCAGACGGAAUCCCUCGACACCGCGUCAGAUGCGACGCGCUCGCCGUCGCAAUGCAACCCCGGUAUCGAAGGUCCACAUCGACCGUGUCUCGCGCUAACCAUGCAUUCGAUCCCUUUAAUCCGAAACGCAGGACGUUCACCGACGCGCUCGACGAUGCCGACGACUCCACCAAGGGGUCGACCAAGGAGCCGCUGUCCAGGAUGACCUCCAUCAACUCGACGCAGACCAAGAAGCCCGCGCUGAGCGCCGAGGGCGUCCUCAACCUGUACAGCAACUGCAUCAAGCUGGCGAGUGAGAACAAGAUCAACGCCAAGAACACCUGGUCCCUCGCGCUCAUCGACCACAUCAGCGAGAUUGUCCGCGACAGCAAGGAUGAGGACGGCCAGACCAACUUUCAGAAAUCGUCGUGCACCCUCGACGCCGGCGUCAAGAUCUACGCCUCUCGCGUCGACUCGUUCCAUAACGAGACGUUCAAGAUGCUCGGCGGCAUGAACAAGGUGACCCAGAACGAGGAAGACGAGGACGCCGAGUCCGCGGGCGCCAAGGGCGACGGCCAAGGCCUCGACGGCGAGGAGGGCGCCCCCAAGAAGCGCGCGCACCGACCGGUCCAGACGCUGGAGGCCCCCGAGGCUCACACCCUCAAGGCUCUCGACGACGCCGUCGCCGUCGAUCCACUCUUCCAGAAGACCUCCGCGCUCUUCGACGAGGGCGGCGCCUCGGGCCUCCUCCUCAACAACCUCUCCGUCCACCGCGGUUGCAACAUCUGCUUCGACUCGGAGGAGGUGCCCGAGUACGGUGACGCAGCCGUCGACGAUGACGAGCCGCCCAUCGACGGCGUCGUCGUGGACCUCUCCUCCAUCGCCGCCACCAUCGAGCAGGCGCAGAGGUCCGCCGCCUCCGCCGUUCGCAUCACCCCCGCCGUCGGCGUCAUCGAGGACCUGCUCCACGGCCUCACCGGCGGCGACGUCGCGUCAACCGCCGCCGCCGCGAAAGCCGCCGCGGAGGGGACCAGCGGGGUUUCCCUCUUCGAUUUCGCGUCCGGCGACGGCGUGCAGUUCGCGGAGUACGACGACGCGGACGACGACGACGACACAGCUGGCAUGCCCGGGUACGACGACGACGCGGGCGGCGGGUUUGGCGCGGGGUUUGAUGACGACGGCGUCAACUUUGCCGACGAGUUUAACCCUCACGCGGGUUACGGUAAAGCCGACCGGGCCGGCGUCAACGGCGAGGAGCUGGACAUGGAGGGCGACGCCGGGCUCGAGUGGGUCGUCAACUCCGGCAUGGGCGGCAAGAUGGCGUGGGCGGGUCCCAGCCACUGGCGUUUCAAGGCUCCCCCCAAGGGGGUCAACGGGAGCAGCGGCGGCGAGGGCGAGGGCGAGGAUGGCGAGCAGAAGCCCAAGAAGCGCGAGAAGGGCGAGCUGACGUACGACUUCGAGAAUCCCGGCGAGAUUGACGAGGCGCGCUUCACCCUCGCCGCGACGAUCGAAGAGCUCCAGCUGGUAUCCGCGCCCGUCGCGGUUGAUACCCUGCUGCCCCCGGACCUCGGUUACGACGCGUCUCAGCUGGUCAAGCUCUCGCUUCGGCCCAACGCGGGGGUCUCCGGGGUUGGCACCAACUUCGGCGGCGGCGACGACGUUGGGGACGGGCCGGGCUACGACGACGACGCGGGUUUCGGAGGAGGGUUUGACGGCGACGACGGCUACGGCUUUGACGCGGAUGGCGAGGGAGGCUUUGACGACCCGGCUGAGGCGCCCACCGCCGUGGAGGGCCUGGUCGCGGCACCCCGCCGGUGCGAGAAGAUCCAGGUGAACUACGCGCGUCAGACGAAGGAGGUUAACGUCAAGGAGCUCAAGAGCACGCUCUGGGAGAACAUCAACGACGACGGCAUCUGCCCCGCGGAUGAAGCCACGGGUGCGCACUCGUUCAACCAGCUGCUCCGCAGGUUCCCCGAGGAUAACCUCGCGGGGGCCACCGAGGACAUCAGCGUGCACAUGGCGUUCAUCUGCAUGCUGCACCUGGCCAACGAGAACGGGCUGAAGAUCACCGACAGGCCGGGGCUGGACGACUUGGACAUCUCCAACCUGCCCGGCGCCAUCGCGGCUCACUGA